AUGGCACAAGCGGCAAGUAUUAAAAAUGUAAAAGGUAAUGACACUUCUUGUCCUCCUGGUUGUUGUGAUGGUGCUGGUGGUUGUGGUGCUGCUAUUGGUGAUCUUUGUAGUCGUGGUCGUACUUUUGGUGUUUGUGUUGUUCCUUGUCCUCCUCGUUGUUGUAGUAGUCCUUGUGCUGCUGCUGGUUUUGUUAUUCGUUAUGCUAGUUGUGCUGUUGGUAAUUGUGUUGGUGGUCGUUAUGUUGAUGCUGCUGCUCGUGAUCGUAAUAAUGCUUUUUCUGUUAUUUUUGUUAUUGCUUUUAUUAUUGCUGUUGCUGUUGGUGCUGCUAUUCGUAUUGCUGUUUGUCCUGACAAAUAA